UCGAGCAAUAUUUCGUUCGAAUUUCGAAUUUUUUUUAACGCCGAGCGAUCGAUCACCGUAUGGAACUUCGGUUUCAGUUUGAAACUUCCUUGAAAAGCUUUCCUUGGUUAAGUCAGGAGCUUAAUAAUUGAUGUGUGAAAAGGACUGGAAAAGUUGUAAUUGGGGAGCGGUUCGAUUGAUUCAACUUCAACGUGAUUGCUGAUUCAGCGCGCGAUUUUUGUUUUUUCGGAAGAAGGAAAUUUUGGUUUAAAGACAAAUUUUUGGGGAUCACUGGAUUGUUAGCCCUUUGCUUGUGGUUUGUGUCAACCAGAAUGGAUUUCUUUAAAAUCCUUGAGUGUUGAGGAACGAAGAGUGAUCGUUGAAUUUCACAGUGACGAUGUCAUGCUGGAGUAGGUGAUGGACGUUCCUCCUGGGGGUGCACCUUCUGAUAGAGGCGGCAAUGGAGAUCGGACAUCAAGAGACAAAUUGUUAGCUUCUGACAUGAAUUACAUUGCUGGAAAAACAGAAGAUCAACCGGUAGAUGAGGUGGAUUUUGUUGGAGUUCAAACACUCUAUGGCAAGAUCCCGACAACGUUUCGUGACUCGAGCUCUGCACCCCUAAGAAAGCUCAGUGUGGACUUGAUAAAAACCUACAAGCAUAUUAAUGAGGUGUACUAUGCUAAGAAGAAGAAACGCAAGGAGUUGGAGAAAAAUGAAGAAGGAGGGCACAAAAAAGAGAGACGACUGUACAAUGAUGGCUACGAUGAUGAAAACUUUGAUUAUAUCAUCAAAACAGGGGAGAAGUGGUUUGACCGAUAUGAGAUAGAGUCUUUAAUAGGAAAAGGCUCAUUUGGUCAGGUGUGCAAAGCGUAUGAUCAUCAGGAAAAGGAAUUCAUCGCCAUAAAAAUCAUCAAAAACAAGAAGCCAUUUUUGAAUCAAGCUCAGAUUGAAGUUCGUUUGUUGGAGUUAAUGAACUCCCACGAUCCUGAAGGAAAAUACUACAUCGUGCGGCUGAAGAGACACUUCAUGUACAGGAAUCACUUGUGCUUAGUGUUUGAACUUUUAUCGUACAAUUUGUACGACUUGCUACGAAAUACGAACUUUAGAGGAGUAUCAUUGAAUUUGACGAGGAAAUUUGCGCAGCAAAUGUGCACCGCGUUACUGUACUUGUCUACGCCUGAACUAAAUAUUAUUCACUGCGAUUUGAAACCCGAGAACAUUUUGUUGUGUAAUCCUAAAAGAAGUGCGAUCAAGAUUGUGGAUUUUGGAAGUUCAUGUCAGCUUGGGCAAAGGAUUUACCAAUACAUCCAAAGUCGGUUUUACCGUUCACCGGAAGUGCUCUUAGGCGUGCCUUACGAUCUUGCCAUUGACAUGUGGAGCUUGGGAUGUAUUUUGGUCGAAAUGCACACUGGGGAACCGCUCUUCAGCGGGGCAAACGAGUUUGAUCAAAUGAUGAAAGUUGUGGAGGUUUUAGGCCUACCUCCAAAGCACAUGUUGGAAAGUGCGCCCAAAGCUAGGAAGUUUUUCGAUCGCUUACCAGAUGGUACAUACACCUGUAAAUCUAGUAAGGACGGUAAAAAGGAAUACCGACCACCUGGAACAAGGAAACUCCACGACAUUUUGGGAUGCGAGACGGGUGGACCGGGUGGUAGGAGACAAGGAGAGUCUGGACACUCGCUUCAAGAUUAUUUAAAAUUCAAGGACCUUGUUUUGCGCAUGCUUGAAUUUGAUCCGAAAGCUCGAAUAGCGCCGUACCAAGCUUUGCAACAUUGCUUCUUCAAAAAGACUGCUGAUGAAAGCACAAACACCUCGCAUUCAGCUAAUUCAUCUCCCGCCAUGGGAGGUACGACAAAUAGAACUACAAGCGUAGCUAGCACUGCGGUGUCCAGCGGAGGCACACGCGCAUGCUCAGACCCUACUGCGCAGGCGACUGUGACGUCGUCAGCUAUGGAAUGCGACAGCCCAAGUGGGAAAGGUCCGCAGACGUGGGGCAAUGCGGUCGGAGGGAUUACAUCGCAAUUUAAAAGAACUACGGAGAGAACUUGUAAUAAUUCCGAUUCCAGAAUUGCAGGACAAGGAAUUCAACAAAGUGCGACGUUGCCAGGGGCUCACAGUGAAGGCUCGUCAGCCUACAGCUCCGCUUCAAUUAACACAUCUCUUCAUAGCGGCGAGGCAGGACGAAGCCAGGGACGAGAUUUUGGUGUCAGUGGAGGAAUAUAUUGCAGCUCAGAAACUGUUUCUAAUUACUCGUCAUCUUCGUCUUGCAAUUCAAUGACUGUUGAGCCUCAUGGAUCAGCUGUUGGUAGUUCUCUUCCCCCGGAAGCGUUUACGCAACUGAACUACUCUGCAACGAACUUGUCACUUAAUCCGGGGGAACAUGAAGUGAAUUGCGUGGGAUCUUCCACGACAGUUCCGAAUUCGGUGACUAAUCCGCGGGGGAUUUCAGUGGGACACCGGAGGGAUUUUGUACGGCAGCAUUCACCAGGAGACGAAUCCCCUAUGGUUGGGGUUUGCGUUCAACAGAGUCCGGUGGUGAGCAAUUAGGAACCUCGAAAAAAAAUACCAGGCCCUCGUUGACACACGCGGUGAACCCGCCCACCUGCCCGGUCCCGCUCUGUUCCGCUGCAACUGUGCCCCCAUACAUUUGCGGGUAGUGUUUCUCCGGUAGGAAUACACGGGCUGUAUUCUUCUGUUCACCGUAACUUUCCUUUUAUUAGGGAAAAGCCCGUUGGCGGAGCAAGGGGCAUACAUUACCGGGUUCUAGGCUGUCCCACCCCCUUAUGACGUCCCCAAGCUUCCAAAAAUGGCGUCAACGCCGUACACUGUUUUAAGAAUGCGCAUGCGCUUGCAAUUCCAGUUGCCUAAUUCUUAUCUCUUAUAUAGACGUGCGGCUACCAGCCCGUUUGCGCAUGCCUUUUGACAGCUAGCUGCUGUCUUUUCGUCUUUCUUCGAUUGCCUUCCUGGAAAUGAGUCGGAAAUGAUUUUUCUGAUGUGGGAUGGUAUUGUAAGUUGGGGGAGAGUGUUCUAAGGUCAUUUCUUGUCCUUUCGAUGAUUUUAGAGCUCCGCAAGACGAAGCAAAUUGUUCCAACUUUCAGAGUGAAGCUCAACUGUUUUACAUGAAAUAAUUUGAUAUACCUGGAGAAUUUGCUGUUAUCUCGGAAACCACAUUUAGCAAUAUGUUCUACUCAAGGGUUUGUUUUGUCGUCAAUGAUAUGUUUACCCAAUUAGUUUUCUUCACAUUUCGCCGUUGAUGUUCUUAUCAUUUGAUGUGGUUAAGUUUUCAACAGCUGUCACAUUUGUUAAUUGAAAGGGUCAUCUUGUUUUGCCAAGCGUCAAUGAUCUUUUGACGUUUGUUUUUAUUCUGUUUGGGCUCUAAUAUUCGUCCAUUUGCUACUUUUUAAAAACUUUGUUUUUAUUUGAUCAUUUUCCUACCCGGUAAGAGAAACCUUGUGUGACGACUCGUAAGUCUAGAGAGGAUUAUGGUACUCCUGUCAGGGUAGUCUGUCAAAAUCCGGUUAACUUAUAGGGAGUCUGUUGGUGUCACGUUUUCAAAGCUGUGUCUUCAACCAAAAAAGGUUGGUUUUGUAGUCGCGUUUAGCAAAAUUACAGCAUGUAAUUCUUAAUCGUGCAGAAUCGUGAUCAACCCUUAUAAAAAGCAUUGGAAUAUAUUAUUUUAGUCUCGAUAAACCAUAUUUUAUUGUUUACAUUUCAUGUAAUUUAUUUAUUUAUUUUAUUGGCUCUAGGACCAGCACGAAAACGUUUGAUACAAACAGCCCCCCUCCCCGCCCCCCUCAGGAGGACAUCGAUUCUUUACACAGUUUGUACAAAGAAUUGAAUUUAUUUGAGGGAUGGGUGAACAUGUGAUGUUUUACUUAUUUAUUGAAUGAAGGAAAAUGGGGAAAUUUGUGAAUAUUCUUGUUUCUAUGGUUAGACGCUCGCUUUUUUCCAAGUUAGAGGUGUAUCAGAGCAAGUUCGCGCAAACUUCACUUGAAAAAAGAAAUUUAUCUAUCCGUUCAUCGUAGGUCGCACGUGGACACGCGUGACCUAUGCGUGAUGGAAUAGGGCUCACCCUUUCGGUAAUGUUACAAGGAAAUGUGUCCGUGCACCUUGUUAACACUGUGUGAGGCGUGGACUGUUAAAAACUGGCCUGCCAUCAAAUUUGAGCUGGUGCGUUAAUUUGUUUUACCAAGCCGGAUCUUCUUGGCUGCGAGACUUGGUCUACGCGUUUUUCGUUUACAACAAAAAGUACCUAACUGAAAAGCUGGAGAGUUGAAAUGAUUUUAGGAGCACUUCUUCUGCCCCCUUGUCCUUCUGCUUGCAAUUUUCACCUCUAUCGCUUGCAAUGGCUUCUCAAGGGUUACCUCGUGGUAUAAUUUCCUUUUUUAUUUAUUUUCCGUUUUAGGCAAAAAUACUGCUGUGCAAUUUUAUUUUUUAGAGCAGUCAACUAAUGAUGAGUUGAAGCUUUGUCAGCUCUUGUGCCAAAAUUUUAAAGCCAGCAUUUUUUUUUUUUUUUAACUUAUUUAAUAGCACGAUUGCGUGCCUUUUAGUUCUUGCUGAAGCCUGACUUAACACCAAAGAGCGAUUUGGACAUUAAAUCAAUUUAAAAAAAAAAUGUACAUUUUAAGAAAAGAUAUACUGUAAAAUAUUGUAAAGCUUUGAUUUUUAACUGGAGCCUUACAAGACUUAGUAAGUAUCGUGUAAGUCUUUUCUAAUAAAAGAAGAAUUAAAAGUUUCUGAA